AUGAUCAUAACAGGAAUCACUUUAAGUAAGAAAGACCAGGCAAAUGUAUUAAUACAUAUUAAUUUACAGAUUAAUUCCUGUGAUCAGAAUCUGAACCGAUGCUGUGAAAUAAUAGAAUUGAACUCUCAGAUUCAAGGGCAGCUCUUCACAAUCCUCAAUGAAACAUCUCAAGAAGGUGGGCAUUAUGCAGGUGUGGAAACAAUAAAAACUCGUCUCCUGCCAUGGCUAGGGACUUGUUUUUCCUGUGCUACUUCAGGAAGGCUCUUUGAAACCAACCUCUCUCUCACUCAGGAUUCAUUUGAGAGAGAGAGGCAGCUGAGAGAGCUGGCCAGCAGUCAGACUUUUCAACUGCAAGAGCUGCAGGAAGAACUGACUUCAACUCGUCUACAGCUCAACCAUGUGCAACAAGAUCUGGCAAAAACCCAGUUGGCUCUUGAAGACACAAAGACCAAAUCAGCCACUACUCUUUUGGCAGCAGAAGAUGAAAUUGUUGAGCUAAAAGCAGCUCUGAAGACUUCCCGUGCCCAAGAGAAGGACGCCCUGAGGAAGUUAGAUCGUCUGAAUGACUAUGAGCAGCAGAUUCAAAUACUGCGGGAUGAGAUUUCUAUCCUGGAUGCCCAAAAGUCUGUUCUCCAGAGCAGGCUUGCACGGAGCCGCUCUCCUUCCCCAAGGCACAGUGAGAGCAAGUCACCUAGUCCACUUCCCCUGAGGAGCUGCUCACCUGGCCGAGCCAGACGUACAAAUGCUUCGCGUCGUGCCUGCCUGGUAGCUCGCUUUGGUGACAUUUAUGCUCAAGAACGCUUGGAUGCAGAGACCCUUUUGAGGACAUACAUCAGUGACAUGGAGAUGGUGCAGAGGAUAAUAUACAUUGCAGCUGUGGAGUCUUUUCAUGCAGCAAAGAUGGCCUACAGGCAGUUUAAAAUACGUGUAAGAGAGACUCUGUCUCUAGGUCACUCGGGGCCUGAGUCACUUGAAGACACUGUCCUGGAUUAUAUAGUUCGCCAUGAGGAUCUGUAUGAUGUUCAAGCCAGUGUUAAUGAAGUAAUUCGCUCCAUGAACAUCAACCCAAAGAUUUCAUUUCCACCAGAAAUUGAUUUCAUUGUGAUCAGCACUUUGAUUCGAGAGUUGUGCCGUGUGGCUUUUUCAAUGCAGACACUCAUUCCUCCUCUUGAUAUUGCCUUUGGUACUGAUGGAGAACUUUUCAGUGAGACCAAGUACCAUCGUAGUUUUGACUCUGAUUUCACAGCUGCCUUGGUGGCCUAUCAUGUAUGGCCUGCUCUGAUGGAAAAUGAUGUUGUAAUUGUGAAGGGAGAGGCAGUCACAAAAAGAGGAGCUCUGUGGUCUCACAGAAGCAGAAGUAGAGGCAGAAGCCGCAGUCGUAGCACCAGUCCUCUUCUAUCUCAUCAUUUGUCUCGGAGCCGCAGUCCUUCACCACUGAGGAGCGGAAGCCCAAGGCGUUAAGUUAACUGAACAUGUUCCUGUGAUUCAGUACGUCCGGAUCCAACAACUUCACUGGUGCCUUUUCUCUUCAAGAAUACCUCAAAUCUCACAAUAAUGUGAAUGGCAAUUGCCACUCCAAAUGGAGUUUCUAUUCAGUGUGGUUUUUAGAAUUAUAGAAGGCUUAUUUAUAAUUUUAGAAACUAAUUCAACUCUUCUG